ACACACACACACCCCUACGCAGACAGCCCACUCCACUUUUCAGACGCCCACCUCCUAUAUACACCCCUCCCCUACACACACUUCCACCCACUCACCAUCUGUAGCCUCCCUUCCGCCCCUCUCCCCCCGCCCCGCUUCGCCCGCCAGGCUUCCCCUCCCCAAGAAGCGGACCCUCACAGUGGGAGGCAGGGACCCCCUCCAGACGCUCGGGGCCGGCGCGCCUUACUGACCUCUGCCCGCCCCGGAAACUAACAAAGGCGGCGGCGCGUCCAGACCCCAGAGCGGCGAUCGGCGGCCGCGGUGCUGGCGAGCCUGGGCCGGGCCGGUGAGCGCCGCCGGUAGGGGGCUGCUCGGGAGUCAGGAGGCGGCGGCGCCGGAAGCCGCGGAUCUGUGGCCGCGCGCCGCUCGGACGCCGCCGGCAUCAUGGGCUGCUGUAACGGGCGCUGCUCGCUCAUCUGCCUCUGCGCGCUGCAGCUGCUCUCAGCAUUAGAGAGGCAGAUCUUUGACUUCCUGGGCUUCCAGUGGGCACCUAUUCUUGGAAAUUUUCUACAUAUAAUAGUUGUCAUACUGGGUUUGUUUGGAACCAUUCAGUACAGACCUCGAUAUAUCGUGGUGUAUACAGUAUGGACUGCCCUCUGGGUCACCUGGAAUGUCUUCAUUAUCUGCUUUUAUUUGGAAGUAGGUGGGCUCUCUAAGGAUACAGAUCUAAUGACAUUCAACAUUUCUGUACACCGGUCAUGGUGGCGGGAACACGGGCCUGGUUGUGUCCGGAGAGUGCUACCGCCGUCAGCCCACGGCAUGAUGGACGAUUUCACAUACGUCUCGGUCACAGGCUGCAUCGUGGACUUCCAAUACCUGGAGGUCAUCCACAGCGCCCUCCAGAUACUGCUCUCUUUGGUCGGUUUUGUGUAUGCCUGUUAUGUGAUCAGUAUUUUCAUGGAAGAAGAGGACACCUGUCGAAAUAAGUAAUGACAUUGACUCUGAAAUGCGACUGCUGAACUUGACUUAGGAAGCAAAGCACCAUUGACAGCUCCUCUCUGCAUCGACACAUCUCACUUUCUUCCAGAGGAUGGACUUCGCCCCCCUGCUUUCCAGAACAGAUCACUGUUCUUCGGUCACAAUCUAUGUAUUAUUAGCAUUGUGUGCUUAGAUGAGUUGUAGGUGCUUGGGUGGGUAUUUUUUCAGUCAUUUUCUUCUUACAUGAGUACUUGUAAAUUGAAAAAAUUGGUUUUUAAUUUUUUAACAAUAUUUAACAUGAGGCAUGCAAAACGGGGAAAAAAUGCUGUGAAAACCUUCUACAGACAAUUCUAUGAGAAAUACUGGUUUGUAUUGUUGAGGUGUUAAGUCAGGAUCACUGAUGGCUACAGUUAUCCUCGGCCUAAUGGAGUUUGCAUUAGCAGACAUUACUUGGGGUUACUAGAAAGACAUUAGAUGCUGUGACAGCUGAUAAAUGGGUACAAAUAAUGGAUCUGGCUUUCAAACUGAGUAUGGAUCAUUUUUGCAGCAUAAGACAAACAUGCAGUCUUCCUUUGUUCUCAAUGUCCCAAAACCCAGAAUACUAUGAUGGCAACCUAAAUUUUCAGAUCCUUACAGAUAUCUUGUUCUUAUGUUCUGAAGUGUAGAUCAUGGGUGUAUGUAGAGCUUAGUAGAGCACCUUUCCCCUUUGAAAGGAAUGUGGGUAUCUCUGAGGUUCAUAUUUUCUGCUUUUUAAUCUCAGUCCUGACACAGGUGUCAGACCUAAACAUACAGCAUGUGGGCAGGUGGGACAGUAAUCGCAACCAUCAAUCUGUAAUCAGGAAUGUUGCUCUUAAGGUAUUCAAAAGGAGCAUUAAAAUGUUGUGGAAUUCUCUAUAAGUACUUCUAAAAAAGAUAUUUAUAUUUGUUCUACAUCAGCUUUUCUUUCUCCUACCCCAUUCCAAUAACCAAGAAAGGAAUAUCGGAAAGAUAAUUUUCCAUGGCCAAAAAGGACUGUCUUGAAAACACAUCACAGUUUUUUUUCAUUCCUAUCUUUCAAUUACUAUUUCUCAUAUCAAAAUAAGUUUUGCUCACUUUGUAUAAUAAACAUGAUGAGACCUCCGAUAGGCCACAAAAUGUGGUAUGUGUGCACCAUUUAAUCCAGAAGUUGUGGACUUGGCCCAUACAUCUCUAAGAAGUGAGUCUAUAAACCACCUAAAAUUGUAUGCAAAUUUCUGUGUGUAUGUAGAGGUUCCUUUUUUUCUUCUUCUUUUUGGAGUCCAUAUAUUUUAUGAGACUCUGUUAAGAAUCAGAACUUAUGCAAUGAAGUCUGCCUAGUUCCUCCCAGUUCAUGGCAACUGCUGUGAGCUUUCUGGAGGCCUGCUCUACUCACUAGCCUCUGGAUUGUGCCGCUCCAUUAGCUGUCACCCACUGAAUCUCACCACUUUUCGUUCUACUAAAUAAACCCAAAUUCAAAAUGAAAAGGAGUGAGCAGGGACCUGGGAGAUGGUCAAAUCCAAGCCGUUGUCACACAGUUGAGGGAACUGAAGCGUAGGGGACGUGGGGACUCGUCCAGAGUCCUGCCUACACACAGAGGAGCAAGAACUAUGGCCAAAGGAAGGAGAACUUGGAAGGCAAAAGGUGGGGUUUGGGUUCCAGGUCCACAUUGUGGCCUUGGGCAGUGUUGGAUAUCUGAGCCUUGAGUUUCCCUCAUCUGUAAAGUGGGGCUAUAAUUCCUACCUCCCAAGGGAGAGGGGAGGGUUAGAUAAAAAUGUAAACAAAUACUCUCUAAAGUGUGAAGCACUCCAUAACUGAAAGAGGCCGUCAUUAUUGUAAGGUUAGAACAGCAAGUUGGACCCAGUCUGGAGGUCUUGUUUUACACCCAAGUGCUGUGCAAAACCCAUGGAAACAUCGAACUCCUAAGUUUUCUAAAAAGUAGCUUAAAAAAUUGCUGGUGGUUAAGUGAUUAGAACUAAUGCAGACUACAAAUUGCAUUUCUUAAUUAAAAAAUAACUUUUGUAUUCAAAUUCCAAGACUAAUACAUAUUAUUAUUAUCGAGAAGGCUACUAGAACAUCAAAAACCUAGAAAUUCAGUCAGAAGAAUAAUAUUAAUAUUUAAAUAUCUUAAACUGUCAUUUCAUUGUCCCCCACACACACAAACAAAACCUAGUGGACGUCUCAGAAAAUCAUACCAUGCUAACUUUUGCUGCUGUUUAACUUCGUGUGUAAACUUGUAUGUGUUUCUAAGAUGCACUGCAGAGUCGUAGAUCUUGUCUACCUUGCAGGUAACAGAUUUAAGGAGGAAAUCCUUACCUUAGUGAUUUUUCUAUGGAAAGGCAACAAAGGUAACAUGGUAUGUGUGUUUUGGUUUUCAAACUUUCUUCAUUUAAAUGAUGUUAUAUCUGUUUCAAUUCCUAACUUCAGGAAUCCAUAAUGAUAAUUCUGAAGUUCCAGAAAAUUUGCCAUUCGUCAGAAACAAGUUAGAUAGAUCUUCGACCUUCUCUCCUUCCCAUUUUUCUUCUCCCUAUCUCUUCUCUUCCUGGCUACUCUUGAGAGGUUCUGCUUACUUAAGAUAAAGGGUGAAGAAUUGUGAGGUGACAUUCGGCAGUUACCCCUGAUCCAGGUGAUUCUGAUGCAGUAUUGUCACAUGUUACGGGUGUCGCUCCUUAAGAGUGAAACUUUACAGUUCUUGCGGCUUUUGCUUCUGUUUUGGGGAAUCCACUGUGCACCGUGCGUCAUGUAGUAGGGCUUUCAACAAAGACACGUUCCCUAUAUUUACAUUCUAGCCAAAUCUUGGCUUCUCCUUAUGCAAGUGUGUGGUCAGAGGAAAGGAAAAUGAACACAUCUCUUAGCUUGUACUCAUUUACCAGAACCUCACUCAGUAUCCUAAGAGAUGGUGCAACUCCAGGUUCAAGCGCUCUCCUCAGAGGUGGUCCUGGUAAAGCUAAACAGGACAUCCACUGCCUGUGAGCCCCUAGUUCUGACUUGAGUGUAGAAGGGAAAAGUUAAAACCAAUGUUUUUUCCUUGAACCUCCUUGGCAUUGUGUGUUGUAAACCUUGGCCAACUCUGCCCUAAGUUGUGUCUUCCUUCUUGUGAUGGCGACUUAUCCUUUCCUAAGUGUCUCCUGCUGACAUUGUGUGGAGCCACAGGCAGCUAGGAUGCUUUCCAGUUUCCCUUCUAUUUAUUUCAGCUUCCAGUCAUAUUUCAAA